ACCGUUUCCUCCCUCCUCCUCCUGGGAGAAUGAAAACAGAUCAGAACCUCAAACCAAUCCUUGCACUGGCAGGAACUCAAAAGGUAGACUUGGGAGGGGUUGGAGGAAGAUAUAAAGGCUGGUAGCUGGAGACACAGAGCAACACUGGAGACACUCAAGGGGAGGAGGAAUUAGAGACACCAAAACAUGAAGAUGAACCUGAAACUUCUUUUUUGCCCUGGAUUCCUUCUGCUGCUUAUUGUCAGUCAAAACCAGGCAAGGGCCAGGCCCAUUUCCAGCUUACAGAGUCUGUCCAAACUGUUAGAUGAGGACCUGGAGCAUGCCCUGGUCUCAGAAGAGAGAGACCGUGAGCAAGACGACAGGAUCCCAACAGGUGCCUUCAAUCAGCAAGAUGCUGAAUUCCAGUGGACCCAAAGCACCAGGGACCAGCCUGAGAGCAUGUCCAUGGGUGACAGUGGUGUCCAGAGGUUCCUCAGCAACCUCUUAAGUUUACCCCGUAGAUACCAAGGCAGAAGCAAGAAGGGCCUCUCCAGGAGCUGCUUUGGUGUCAAGCUGGACAGAAUUGGGUCACUGAGUGGACUGGGAUGCUAACGGCUUCCUAUGGUAAGAGAAAGCCAGAGGCAGGUGGUCUGUGUGUUCAUGUAUAACUUGCAUAAAUAUGCAGGUGAGCAGAUUUAAUUCAUGGAAAUGGUCCUUUAAAGUAACUUUUACCCUCCUAUCGCAAACAUAGUUUACUAAUUUUACCCUCCUCAGAAUUCAGUUAUCAGAUGUAUACUUAAAACCUGUGAAUGCCACAUCUCUGCCUUACCUGCUUCACUCCUUUCUCCAAGU